GUUGCAGAGUGCGGCGGCUGCACGACAACUCGCGAACGGAUUAGUUGGUUAGUUGGAAUAUGCGAUGGCUGGAUCGACACGGCAAGCAGUUGCUAUGGAGCCUGCUUCUCCUCACACAUAAGUCUGCUCGCUCUGCCUCCCCUCACACCCCUCACUGCUAAGACGGCCAUUCACACACCCCACCGAUAUACGACUCCCGAUUCACGACUUCCGUUAUACGACUUACGCCCAAUCAUGUCCGCCGCAGAGAAACCUUUCGAAGUCGGUCCGCUCGAGGCUGACCCCAACCCCUCCGAUGAUGACGGCUACGCCUCCAGCUUGGAGAGCGACACCACCAGCUUGAAAUCGACGAUGCGGGACUACAUAUUCGAGAACGGCCGGAGAUAUCACAGAUAUCAGGAGGGCAAAUACGUCCUGCCAAACGACGAGAAUGAACAAGAUCGGCUCGAUCUCCACCACCACGUCUGGCUGCUCGCCGCAGACGGAAACUUGACCUUUGCGCCGAUCAAGGACCCCCACCGUAUCUUGGACGUGGGUACCGGCACUGGUAUCUGGGCACUCGACGCUGCCGAAACGUGGCCGUCAGCGGAAGUCAUUGGGACCGAUCUCAGUCCUAUCCAGCCCAGCUGGACAUUUUCCAACUGCCGAUUCGAAAUUGACGACGCCGAACUCACCUGGACCUUCCCCAACAACCACUUCGACUUCAUCCACUCGCGCACGAUGGCGCAGAGCAUCCGCGACUGGCCCAACUACGUGCGGCAGAUGUACAAGCACACGGCGCCAGGCGGGUACGUCGAGAUCGUCGAGCUAUUCGGCGACAACUUCUGCGACGACGGCACGCUGAAGCCCAACGGCGGACUGCGCACUUACUACAAGCACUGGAUCCCGGCGAUGGAGAAGUCGCUCAACUUCAAGCAGCCCACCGACGCCGACUACGCACAGUUCCUGAAGGACGCCGGCUUCGUCGACGUCAAGGUCUACCACAGGAAACAGAUCCUCUCGCCGUGGCCCAAGGAUAAAACACUCAAGGAGAUGGGCAGGUACAAUCUGCUGAACGUACAAACUGGCUACCACGCCUACGGCAUGGCGCUCUUCACCCGCGUCUGCGGGUUCACCACCGAGGAGGCUACGAAGCUGUGCAAUGACGCCAGGGACGACGCCAGCAGCACCAAGACACACGUGUACAACAAGAUGUGGUUCAUCGUGGCCCGGAAGCCAACCGAGUAACAAACGAGAAGAAAAUGUGUACAUAACGAACGAACGAAAGCACUUUAUUUCUCACUCACCCACUCUCCCGUGACCCCGUGCAACCGCGUCCCCGUCCCAGUCCCCGCCCCAGUCCCCGUCCCCAGGGCGACCCCCUCGACCCCCAC